AUGGCUUCAGAUGGAAACAGUUGUUGCACGAAAGAUUCAACAGAAUCUUCACAUCCAUUUGGUGUGGAUGAUAUUUUGGUGAAGAUUGGACAGUUUGGAAAGUUUCAGCGGCUCAUAUAUCCAUGUAUAUUUUGUAUGGUUAUCUUCACUUCGGUAAUAUCGCUGGGAUUUGCUUUCACCGCUAGUAGAGUCGUUUAUAGGUGUCGAAUUCCAGAAUGUGACGGAUUGGAGAAUUCAUAUGAAAAAUCAUGGACAGAGUUUUCUAUACCAAAAACUCUUAGUGGCCAGCUCGACAAGUGUCAUCGGUAUAGAUCGUCUAAUUCAUCGAGUGGACAGAAUUCUUGCAAUUUGGAAAGCUUUGAUCGAGUUGCCGAAACAAAUUGUGGUGAAGAUUUCAUAUUCCGAGACCGAGAAAUUACAAUAUCGAAUGAUUUCAAAAUCUUUUGCUCAGACGAAUGGAAACUCGCUAUGGUUGGGACUAUCAAUAAUGUUGGAAAGUUCUUCGGAAUAUUCUUGGGCGGAUUUAUUUCUGACAGAUAUGGUCGACGUUUUGUCUUGACGUAUGGAUCAUUAAUGAGUGCCGUUUUGGGAAGUGUCCGAUCCUUCUCACCAAACUACUACGUUUUUGUCACGUUAGGAUUUCUUGACAAUUUAUUCGGUGCUACUCUCUACCCUACAGUGUUCAUUCUGGGUCUCGAAAUUGUGGGCCCAAAAGUUCGAGUAGUUGCAGGUACUUCGAUACCUUUUUGUGGGGGCAUUGGGGGAUUUCUACUUGCUUUGGCAGCUAAGAACUUUCAAAAUUGGAGAUGGAUUGAGCGAGUUUUUUAUUUUCCUGCCUUGGGGUUUAUAGUACUUCCAUGGAUAAUGCCAGAAAGUUUUCGAUGGUUACUUUCUCAGGGCGAGGAAAAGAGAGCAGUUGAAAUUCUUCAAAAGGCGGCAAGGAUCAACAAACGUAAACUUUCCGAUGUCAGUAUUGAAAAAUUGCUUCAGUCAAAUAGACAAAGCCUAGCGAGUGCGGGUUCGGACACUAAAAAUAGCAAAUUUCCCAUUGUUGAAGCAUUCAAGGUAUUUCCUUGGCGUAUAGUUAUUUGUUUACUAUGUUGGUUCACAAACGUCAUGGUAUUCUAUGGAUUGAACCUGAACUUGGAUUUUCUCGGUGGAAAUAAAUAUAACAGUUUUAUGUUUGUGAGUUUGAUUGAAAUCCCAGGAAUUCUGCUGCCAUUUUUGACCAUGGAUCGCUUCGGUAGACGAAGAUCAUUAUUUGGAUACAUGUUCUUUAGCGGAAUCUUUAUUCUCGCAAUGAAUUAUGUGAAUUCAGAAUUUGUGAGUCUUCAAUUGGCGUUGUAUCUACUUGGUAAAAUGACCAUUACUGCGUCAUACCAAACUUUGUACUUCUUCACUUCGGAAAUAUUUCCAACUAGCGUUCGAAAUAGUCUGUUGUCAUUUUGUUCGAUGAUUGGAAGAUUUGGUUCAAUGGUGGCACCAUUAACUCCUCUUUUGGCAAAUUACUACGCAUCGGCACCAGCGAUUCUUUUUGCAAGCUGUGCAAUUUUGUUCAGUUCAAUGGCUUUGCUUCUUCCAGAAACAAGAGAUAUGGUAUUACCAACAACAUUACAAGAAGCUCAAAAUAUUGGACAAAAAGAAAUCAAUGCUGAAUUAGAUGCAGAAGAAGAACUUUUGGAGACUACGACUUAGAUUAAUUUGAUAAACAAGUUUAAUGUUUAAUUUUUUGUAUUGAUUUUAUUUUUGUACGAUUAUUUUACAUACAAUUUAAUAAUGUUUCCAAGAAUUACGUUUACGAAAUAGUGUAACAUGCCAUAAAUGAGCAAACAUUGUGCGUCAAA